AUGCCCUCAGCCAUCCAUUACUCCACCAUGGACUCAGCCAUCCAUUACUCCACCAUGACCUCAGCUAUCCAUUACUCCACCAUGCCCUCAGCAUCCAUUACUCCACCAUGCCUCAGGUAUCCAUUACUCCACCAUGCCUCAGCCAUCCAUUACUCCACCAUGCCUCAGCCAUCCAUUACUCCACCAUACCUCCACCAUGCCUUAUCCAUUACUCCACCAUGCCCUCAGCUAUCCACACUCCACCAUGACUCAGGUAUCCAUUACUCCACCAUGCCUCAGCCAUCCAUUACUCCACCAUGCCUCAGCCGCUAUCCAUUACCCACCAUAUCAGCAUCCACACUCCACCAUGCCCUCAGCCAUCCAUUACUCCACCAUGCCCUCAGCCAUCCAUUACUCCACCAUGACUCAGCCAUCCAUUAUUCCACCAUGACUCAGCCAUCCAUCCCACCAUGA